AUGGGCAACCAGGAGUACCUGACUUUGGAUGCCCAGAGCCUGUAUAAAAGCGGCCAUUCCAACAGAACCCAGAGGGUGGCAGUGCCCGCCAGCCAGCGCUGGGUGACCAUUCCUCGGGAACAGCUCACCACGGAUGACAAGCUUCUUGUCUGGGGGACUCGGGGGCACCGGCUUCUCUGGCUCCCGGUGGUUGUAAACCUGGACACGCAGAUUAAGCCGGACACCCCUCAGUUCUCGGCCGUGGAAGUUCUAGAUGAGCCGCUGGAGGCCAUUAUCCAGUGGUCACCACCCAAAUGGCCAUCCCAUAAGGUUCUGGUCUGUCAGUUUCAAUACCGAAAAAGUGAGGAGUCAGAGUGGACGCAGCUGGAAGACCACCUGAGGACCUCCCCACUGAGCCCUGUAGAGAUGCACGACUUGGAAGGAGAUUCGCCCUACGUGGUUUCUGGCCGCUGCCGGGUGGAGCGGGGCCGCGUGUGGGGCGAGUGGAGCCGAGAGCUGUCCUUCCGCACGCCGCCCCCGCCCCUGGGUCCCGAAGACGUGUGGGUUUCGGGGAGCUUCUGCGAGACGUCGGGCCCCUGGGAACCCCUGCUUGUGUGGAAGGCCCCCAGGUCCCGCAUACAGCUGACUUACAGAGCCUGGUUCUGGGUUGGAGAGGAGAAUAGGACUGAAGAAGGGAUUCCCUGCUGCAAGUGCCCCAUACCUGCCGGGGCAGAGCGGGCGUGGGUGUCUGCAGUCAACACCGCCAGCUCAGGGCCUCUUGCCAACCUGUCCUUGGUCUGCUUGGCCCCAGAGUCGGCUCCCCAUGGUGUGGUGGCAGUCAGCACUCCUGGCAGCCCGGCGCUGCUGGUGAACUGGCAACAGGGGACCGGGGAACCCUGGGGGUACGUGGUGGACUGGGUUCAAGAAGGAGAUGCCCCGGAGAAGCUCAACUGGACCUGUCUCCCGCUCGGAAACCUCAGUGUUCUGCUAACAGGGGAUUUCAAAGGAGGCGUCCCCUAUCGAAUCAAGGUGACAGCCGUCUUUCCUGGGGGCCUGGCCCCCGCUCCCUCAGUCUGGGGGUUCGUGGAGGAAUUAGUACCCCUGGCUGGACCGGUCGUUUGGAGACUUCAAGAUAACCCUCCAGGCACACCUGCUGUGGCAUGGGGAGAGGUCCCCAGACACCAGCUACGGGGCCACGUGACUCACUACAGCCUGUGCACGCAGAGUGGAGCCAGGCCAGCCCUCUGCAAGAACGUGAGCAGCGACACCCGGACUGUCACUCUGCCUGACCUUCACCGGGGCUCCUGUGAGCUGUGGGUGACGGCGUCCACCGCUGCAGGACAGGGACCCCCUGGUCCCAGCCUCUGGCUCCACCUUCCAGACAACAGGAUGAAGAUUCUGCCCACCAUCCUGCCCUUGUGGAGUCUGCUUGUGAUGGGCUGUGGCCUGAGCCUGGCCACUACUGGAAGGUGCCUUCACCUGCGACACAAGGUACUGCCCCGCUGGGUCUGGGAGAAGGUUCCCGAUCCCGCCAACAGUCAUUCCGGCCAACCUCAGGUGGAGGAAGUCCUCUCACCUCAGCCCGUCCAGGAAGGGCCCAUCCUGGAGGUGGAGGAGAUGGAGCCUCCGCCUGCCCCGGCGCCCCCCCAGACCUCCGCCCCGCUUCACUCUGGCUAUGAGAAGCACUUCAUGCCCACGCCGGAAGAGCUGGGCCUUCUGGGGCACCCCCAGCUCCCAGGACCUGGCCUGAGCUUAUCUUCCACUGGGGUCUGCGCCCCAUCCCUGGAUGAGUCUUCUUGACAGAGGAAGCCACUCGCGUGGUGGCCUCACACACCUAGGAGUGGACCUCACAGGAUCGCGGACACCAGGCGGACGGAACGCAGGCGGGUGGACGAGGAAAGGAUGGCGGCAGAGUGACAGCUGCCUUCUGAAGUCCUUCUUCUGCUGGGCCAAAUCACUCCCCUAUCAUCCCAGAGUUUGGAUCUGGACUUCAAGAUCACCCUUCAAGUCAGAGUGGGCUAGAGUAAAACCCUACCUCAAAAAAACCAAACCAAAACAAAAGCUCACUUUUCCCUACAUAGUGAGUUCUACGCCAGCCUUGGCUACAGGAGACUCUGCCGUAAGAACAGUCACAUUUGAGCUGGAGAGAUAGAUGGCUUAGUGGAUAAGGUGCUUGCUUGCAAAGCCAAAAGACCCAGGUUCGG